CUGAGCAUGGAAGACGCAGCUUGCGAUACCAACAAGGGAGCGUCUCGGGAGGAGUUCAGUGAGGACAGUGUGAUCAUAACGCUGGUCCCAGUUCUCCAGGAGUCUACUGUAGACCACCCAACGGAAUCAAGUAUUUCUUCCAUGGAGGACAUCAAUUAUUCAGGUAGCAGACCUGAAUGUCCUAGGAAAAGCAGUACAGUUCACCCGAAGAAGGAGUUCAAGACUCCAUCAAAACCCAGAUGGAAGGAGCCAGUCCUUCCUUUGCCAGAAAUCUUGCCCCCGAUUCAUAUGGUGACUCGGAACACGCUGCGCAGCUGGUGUCGGAAACACAAGCUGAGUACCGAUGGUGAGAAAAUAGAGGUUUAUGCAAGACUCCAGAGACAUGCAUACCCUGAACAACAAUGUGAUCUUCCUACCACAUCCUUGGAGGCCAAAGUGCGAAUGCUACCACGUCACAAGAAGCAAAGUGAAAUGGUCAAGAAUAAGGCGUCUCAAAAAGGCUGUAACAGGAGUGCACACAAGGACAGCAACGUAGCUGACGUCGUCACAUCACCUCAGGAGUCCACAUUGGCAGCCUGGUCAAGAAUUGCUGCUAGAGCCAUGGAGCCAGGAGCGGUCAGUUCUUCUAUUCCCGCUUCGGCCCUUCUGCAGAAAGCUUCUGGUUUCAGGUGGUGUGUGGUCCACGGCAAGCUGCUCCCUGCAAACGUAUCAGGCUGGGUUCGCCUGCAGUUCCGAGCGGGUUACACGUGGGUCCCUCACACUCACAGGAAAAUGAUUGCUCUCUUCCUCUUACCGGCCUGUGUUUUCCCAUCUCAGGAAAUGGAAGAUAACAUGCUAUGUCCUGAAUGUGUUCAAAGCAAUAAGAAGAUCAUGAAAAGAUUAACCAAGAAGAAAACGCAGCCCACUUCAGAAGACUGCAGCACGCUGUCAUCACGUACGCCAUCGUGUCGAGGCAUUUUGAUCUGAAGGCAAUGGAGAAGAGAAGCAGCAAUGAGAAACUUCUGCCCUCCAUCCAGUGGACACAGAAUGAGGGCUCACGUCUCCAGAGACCCCCCUCCUGGCUCUAGCAGGACGAAUGGUGGAGAGCCGCAGACUAAAUCAACAAGCAUCCCCACAACUGUGGGGCUGUGUCCAAACCAGUCUGUGGG